GCAACACUGCCCUCAAAGACAUCCCCAAACACGCGAAGUGUAAACAAAACAAGUCUGGAGUUUCUAAAAUCUCAAAUUUUUGGAAGAUUCUCCCGAUUUUCCUGUUUUAGGGAACUAAAUUGUUUAUAUAUAGUGUAAAUCCUUGUCAGCAAUGGAAGCGGAAGUACAAUUGCAGCAGGAAUCGGUCCCCGUGAAUGAAUUUUUGGAUGACGUCCCCAGCGACAAUCCGGAAUCGUUCUGCCGAUUGUGCUUCUCGGAAGAAAAUGUCGUUCCAAUAUUUCCGCCAGACGGUAACUACAUCCGCGAGCUGACGGAAAAGAUCCGAACCUGCGCUGGUGUUCAGAUUUCGAUCCGCGAUGACUAUCCAUCGGCAAUCUGUCAGUCCUGUGUGGCAUUUCUAGAGGAAGUUCAUCAGUUUCAGAACCGAAGCAAACAUUGCGACGAGGUGAUCCAGGCCAAGAGAAACGUACUGGAGCCGCAGAUACAUGUCAAGGUGGAGCUGAGAGAGGACGAUGGAUCCGGCCGACCCGUUGUAGUGGAAGGCGGUCCAGCACAAGAGACACAGGCGUACCCCCAAACCGAUUGCCUAACGGAGAGCAGUAUUAUAGCGGACGCCAUCACAACCAGCCUGAAUGGGAUUGGAGAAUUGAUGGGAUCAUUUUCUGGGGCCAUGGAUCAGCUGGUGUUUCCCAAGAUGGACGCAUCGAUUGCAGCCAAUGCCAACAAAGAACACCGUUGCAUGGUGUGCAGUCGGGUGUUUCCGGAUCGGGAAUCGUGGAUGAUCCACCUGGGAGAUCACGCCGAGGAACGACCCUAUCAAUGUUUGGAGUGUUUCGCUCAGUUUCGGGAAAAGCGUUCCCUCGCCAGACACAUGAAAGCCGUCCAUGAGGAAGUACGAGACCGGAAGUGCCCUCACUGUCCCAAGUCGUUCAAGUACAGUCAUCAUCUGCGAUAUCACAUUCGGACGCAUACAGGCGAGCGGCCUUAUGUGUGCGAUAUUUGUCAGGACAGUUUCUCUCAGCACAUCCAGUGGAAGCGGCAUCAAGCCAAGCACCAGCUGCGACCAGAACAGCUCCAGAUCGCUACCCGGACCGGCAUUAUCACGGAAGAUUCAUCGAUUAAAUGCGAAUUUUGUCCACGUGUUUUCUCCCGGUUACAAGACUACCGGCGGCACGCUCCAAGCCACAAUGCCGAAAAUCUGAACUUGGAUAGCUUGGCCAAGCACCAGUUGGCCAAUUUACCACCGCUGAAUCCGCGCUAGGGUGUUGAUGUAGUAAUAGUUUUGGCAAAGUUUUCGUCAAUAAAGUAUCCAAAGUCCAAACGAUAAAAAGUGUGGUCUUGUGUGCAUUAAUAAGGCUGACACAAAUUUUGAUUUUGUCUUAUGUCACCGCCCCCUCGGAAAAUUUUGGUCGAAAUUCAACAUUUUGAGGGGGGACACCAAUAAAUUAUUCAAGAAAUUUUAAAAUUUUAAGGUGAAAUUAGAGUAGCACAGAAAAUUUCUUAACAAAUCCGAUGAGUUUAUAGAUUUUGCCGAAUUGUUUGGAAAUUUCUUCGUCAAAUACAUUUAUUAUUUAUUGUCCUCCCCCUUAGCGAACCAACGAGUAUUGUGACAAAAGAAGAAAAUGAGAUUUGUUCCGGCCU